CCGCACUGCGCCUACCCGGAGGCCGCAAUGCGCUUUCCCGUCAGCCGCUAUGCGCUUUCCCGUCAGCUGCGAUGCGCUUUCCCGUCAGCCGCCAUGCGCUUUCCCAUCAGCCGCUUCGCGCUUUCUCGUCAGCCGCUAUGCGCUUUCUCGUCAGCCGCGGUGCGCUUUCCCGUCAGCCGCUAUGCGCUUUCCCUUCCCCAGCGCCAGCACAUUCGAGUUCCCAUCGCCGACCUACAUCCCCCCACCCCAUCGCCCGUGUCCUGCACUCCCCGUUCAUGUCGCGCUCCUUUCCCGUUACCCUCAUCGCAUCCCCCCCCCCCUCGCUUUCUGUCCCUCAACACGCACCCCAUUUCGCACUCCACUUUUUCCAUGGUCACCUUUUCCCCCCCUUCUCUUCUCAUUUCCCCCCCGCUCAUGGCCUUUUCCCCUCCACUCGCCCUAUUUCCCCCCCUGCUCCCACCCUUUCCCCCUUCAUUUCAGCGAUUUCACACUACUCUCUUGCGUUUCCCCUCCGCUGACCCCAUUUCCCCCCUGCUCCCUCUCUUUUCCCCUUCAUCUAGCUCAUUUCACAUUACUCACUUGCUUAUCCCCUUUGCUCACCCCAUUUCCCCGCUGCUCAUUUUCUUUCCUCCCUCUCUCAUUCCCCCGUCGCCCAUCCCAGGUUCCCCCCGCACACUCUCACCCCCAUCGCUCAUCCCACACCCUUCCUGCUCACUUUCAUUCCGCCUUCACUCAUCCCAUUUCCCCCCCUGCUCUCUCUCUCUGAUCCUACACUCAUCCCAUUUCGGGCCCGGCUCACUCCCUUUCCCCCAACACUCGUCUCAUUUCUCCCCUGCUCACUCUCAUUCCCCCUUAGCGCAUCCUCGUUCCCCACCCCCCAGUUUCCAGUGGAAACUUUCCACCUCUCAUCUCCACUCCAUCCUCUCAUCCCUUUCCGAUUCCUUCCCCUCUCUCAUGGCAGCCUUAUGUCGCAUCCACCCAUAUUCCAGGCGUCUCUCGUACUCCCCACGCUACCUCCUCCCGCUUUCUGCAAUAUUACCAUUUGUUUCCAGGACCUCUGGCUUGCACCCUCCCUCUCCCCUCUCGUCUCACAUUCCUUGCUCCUUUCUCUCCCCCCCUAUGAAUGUUAGAAUGCUCCCUUCUCUCCCAUCUCAUAUCUCCGCUUUCCGCCCUUCUAUCCCCUCUCGUCUCUCUGCCUUGCUCCCUAGUAUACCCUCACGUCUCACCGUCUUGCUCCCUUCUCUUCCCCCUCAUGCGAGCAUCUCGCAUCUCCGCCACGCUCCCUCUCAUCCCCUCUCGUCUCUCUGCCAUGCUUCCUUCUCGGGGCUCCGCCUUGAUCCCUUCUCUCCCCUCCACCCCU